AUGAAUCGAUCUGAUACGUUCAAAUUGAUUCGUAACAUUCCAGUGCAAAAAUUGUCUGCAAAUCGAUCUGGUAUUACUUUGGUUUGGCUUGAAAAUACAUCGUGUUCGUCAUGCAAUCACAAUCAAAUUCGAUUGCAUAGUUUUAGCAACAGAUGUUUUAUUGUUUAUUAUUCAAAUAUAUCGAAAUGUAUUAAAUACUUGAAACAAGCCCGAUCACGUGAAUAUGUUAUUGCUAUUAUUGUAUCUUAUCCUAUGGAAACAAUUCAACGCAUCAUUCAUCGACUUCAACAAUAUCAUCUUAUUCAAACAAUGUUCGUUAUUCAUUCCGAUAGAGAUAUAGAUAAUCACCUAUCGUCAAUAAACGAUAAUCUUCAUGUUUUUCGAACUCAAGAAUCAAUGUUUGAACUUUUAGAAAAACGAAUUGAAGAAGUCGAGAAACAAAAUUUAAGUGGUGGUUUAUUUACAACUUUCUAUCGAAAAGAAAAAUCUCUGAAAGAUGUUCGAGAGGAUUUAGCAACAUUUGUUUGGACUCAUGUAUUUAAAGUUGUAUUGAUGAGUAUGCCUUGUGAUUCUCUUGAGGCCAAACAUCAAAUGUUAAGUGAAUGUCGAGCUUAUUAUCGAAAUGAUGUUGUUCAAUUAGCUCAA